AUGUCCGAAUGUACAGCAUUUCUCAUCGAUGUUUCAAAAUCAAUGAUCCAAGAAAAGGGCAUCGUUAAAUCGAUGGCUUACCUUGAGUAUGCACUACUUGAAAAAGUUAAAAAAUUAAGAAAGACAGAUUACAUUAGUAUUUAUUUGUUUAAUUCCCUAUGGGAAUCUAAUUCAGAUAAUGUUCCAAAUAUUUAUCACAGCCAGAAAAUUAUUGCACCUGUAAGAUCAAUAGAAGCGAUUCGAACUAUAAAAGAAAUUCAAAGAUACAUAGAUACAUUUGAUGAGGGCAAGUACGACGAAAAUUACAUUGAGUAUGAAUCAUUAUCAUCAUUUCAAUGUUUGAUUCUGGCAUCACUAGAAAUGGAGUAUUUUUUUGGAAAACGUAAAGUUUUUAAACAAAUUAUGGUUUUUACAAAUAAUUUAGAUAGAUUAGACUUAGCAGAAGCAGAAGUUAAAACUUUGACAACGGAAAUUGAACCAAGAAUUGUACUAGCUAAUUGUGGUAAGGAAUCAAAUGUCGACGUUUAUCAAACGAAAUGGGGACAAAUCGUUAAAACAAACCCACUUUCUAAAAUAUUCUCGAUUGAUUACUUAUUGAAGGAAGUAACCAACCCAAGAUUGGCUACUAUUAAACCAAUUAGAAUAUUUACAGGUCCCUUACGACUAGGAGCAGACAUCUCUAGUAUUACACAUCCAAGUGAAAGCACUUCUAUUGAUAUUCAAGAGGACCCUAGAUGCUUAUCGAUUUUGGUGGAGGGUUAUCCCGCAACGAAAUCAGUUUCAAAUUUAAAUAAAAUACAAGUAAUCAAGAAACAAAAUGGUCAAGAAAAAAAUAUUAAAAAGGGUAAUGAUAGCGUAAUAAGUGAUAAAUAUCUAUCAGCCAAUUAUGUUCAAACAAAAUCAAUUAUUGAAUAUGAGGUACAUGAAAAAAUUCUAGACGCAAAAGAUAAUAUUACUAGAAACAAGAAUAGAGCUGACGAUAAUGAAGAGGAAAGUGAAAAUGUAGAUUAUAAAACAGUUACUGUUUCAAGCAAAUCAAUUUCUAAGGUUUAUAGAUAUGGUACAGAUUACGUUGUUUUACCUACAACUUUGACUGAUAAUUUAUCUUUUAACACAUACCCUGGUUUAGAUAUUACUGGUUUCAUGGAUGAAGAAUCAUUACCAAGGCAUUAUCUAAUUUCUGAGUCAACAUUUAUUGUAGCAGAUAGCAGAGCAGGUUCUACUGCCGAUAUGAUGUCAUUUGAAAUCUUGGUGGAUGUUUUAUAUGAAAAUAAGAAAAUUGCUAUUGCAAGAUAUGUUCAAAAGAAUAAUACAAAUGCACAAAUGGUAAUGUUGUGCCCUGUACUUGUAGAUCAUUCUGAUAUACUGUCUGAACAAGAUAUUCAGAAAUAUAGGUCUAUCCAUGAUGAUGAUAAUGAGGAGGUUAAUAUGCGAGGCUUGAUUUUAUCACGUUUACCCUUUGCUGAGGAUGAAAGGGUUUCUGAAUUUCCUAAAUUAUCGAAUAGGCAUAUGAAGAAUGAGAAAUCUAAGUUAGAAGCCGAGGAAAUCGAUAGUUUAAUGGGCAAUUUUAUUGAUGGUUUAGAUAUGGAUGGUCUUCCAGCAGUGUCAGAUAAUAAAUAUUUCAAAUCCAUUAAAGAAACCACUGAGAUCUCACAAUUACCAUUGCCUAAUACUGAUAAUAAUAGGAAGGUAGUCGUUAAAGAGGAGACUGAUCCUUUAAGGAUCCCUGCCAUUCACGUGCAUUGUCAAAAGGAUGUGUUAUUAGAAUGGGUUGACCAGAAGCUAAUUAGAGACUCUGUGACAUUCGAAAGUCCUCAUUUAUCUAAAAGUAUGAAAGACCAAAUUACUCCAUUUUACACAGACAAGUUUUCUAUUCAUAAUGCAACUAAGCUGGUAGAAAAAUUGAAACUAAAGAAAGUAAUUGAAAAGAGGAAUCAAGAUAAGGAUGAAAAAGUGGAAAAUUACACGAAAGCUAGGGAACUAGCACAAGCUAACGACCUGACUAUUGAUUCGCUACUGAAGAAAGGUGUUAGAGAAGAUAUCUAA